AUGUCUACUCCCCAACCCAGCGACGAUGCGAGCCCGGUGCCCCAAGUCAAAGGCGCUGAGGUCCCGAAACCCGACCUGGGAGAGGAGCUAUCCGACGCACUUGAAUCCGACUUCGACUUCAUGGGCAAGCAUUACUUUGCACGUGCCUACCCCGACUACGAAAUGGCCGAAUACAACAGCGGCGAAUGGACGCGCAGGUGGAAGGUCAACAUUGAUUUGGGGACUGAUGCCAAUAAACGUGCAUCCUGCUAUUUUGAUUUUCCUCUUGAUGACUACAAGGUUGACGAAGUCCUGGAGCACGCGUCCCGGUCGCCCUUUGGUAUGGGAGACCAGAAGGUUGUCGAUACAAAGGUUAGGGACACAUGGGAGAUUGACGGCUCCAAGGUCAAGUUGAACGAUCCGUUUGCCGAGUGGGUCGAGUACAAGGUCUUGACGGAUGUGUGGAAGGGCCUGGGAGUUGCGACGCCAUCGACGAAGCCGCGAUGCGAAUUCUACAAGUUGCUUAUCUAUAAACCAGGCGGACACACCCAGAAGGCCGAGGGUAUGUUUGCGACUGUUAUCGUCCUGCUCCCUUCCGAGUAUGAGGGCGGUGAAGUAAAAAUCACGCAUUCCGGAAAGACCGAUAUCAUCGACCUCAACUACAUCUCCAAUCGUGGCAUGGCCAUCAUGGCCUGGUAUACCGACGUCCUCCAUGAAAUCAAACCCGUCACUUCAGGUUACCGUGUCGCACUCUCAUUCAACAUCAUCCACACCUCCCCCAACGUCCCCACUCCCACUUUGAAGGUCCCCACACAGCUCACAGAAGACGACAAGACCGCAAAGCUGCGGGCCGUACUCGAGAAAUGGGCAAGGAAUGGUUUCCCAAAGAAGGAGGCAUUCCACGCCGGAAGGGGUUAUUACGAUGUCAUAAACCCGCCGCCAUUCUUUGCGUACAUCCUCCAGCACGAAUACAGCGAGCGCGAUCUCUCUGAUGGGAUGUCGUGUCUCAAAGGCCAGGAUGCGCACAAGAUCGGACUUCUCCUCGCCCUCGCCAAUGAACUCGGCUUCAAACUCGCCUUUGCAAACCUCGAGAUCGAGGUCAAGGGCUGCGCGGAUGACUACGAUAGGUACCAGGAAUACUGGUCCAAAGUCUACCAGGAGCGACAAAGGGAGAGAGAGAAAGAAAGAGAACGCAGACGCGCAGCUGGUGAGGAGGUGAACAGCGACGAGGAGUCGGAAGAUGACGAAGACGACUAUCGAGAAGAGCAUUGGUACGGCGCGGUAUCGUUCUGUUCUAUAUGGGAGACCAACUACACUGUCUCCAAUGUCGUCGAUCAAGACGGCAAGUCGUUCUUGGCGGAGGAUGGAAAGGAGAAUGAGGGAGAAGCGGAAGAAGGGAAGAGGAAGACGAAACGGCGAAAAAUUGAACCAGUUUCGCUUGACCCGGGUGACUACCUUGUCAUCCCAAGGGAGUCUGUCAGGGAUGCGAACCCUACUGAGGAGAAUUACGAACGAGGAUAUAUGGGCAAUGAACCCGGAGACUUGACCCACUGGUAUCGCCGUGCCGUUGUCAUCAUCUACCUUCAGCGAGACGAGGAGGCAGUUAAGACUGAGUUAAGGGGAGAGCGUAGUUAA